UAUCUUUGCUGCGUAGCCAUAUCCUAAGCACACCCACCCGAUUCCUAAAUCAAAGGAAAAAGAAUGAAAAUGGAAAGAAAAGGGGGACCGAGCCAGAAGAACGAAGCAGAGAGGGAAAGGGGGGACUGAGUCGCGGCGGAGGAGAGGAGGAGGGAGCUCGCCGUCGCACCGCCACGUCGCCACCGCCGAAGCUUCCUGUGACGCCUGUCAAACCAUCACCGCCACUGUGCCAUGGAGAAGAGAGAGUGACGCGAAGGAGGGAGAUGAGGCCCCAUUGCCGUCGCGCUCUGCCGCACGCGAGGAGCGCCGCCGUUGAAGCCGUGCCUUUCAUCUCUGCCCAGUCGCGACUCUGCCAUCCUGAGCCACCGUGGGUCCAUUGUCGCCGAGCUCAACGGAGGAAGGGAGAACGACAUUGGGUUUGAGAGAGAGACAGAGGUGGUAUGGCACAAGGGAGGGGGCGAGCCAUCCGCGUUGCUGUUCGCGCCACUGCUACUGAGCUGCCACCGCCGUUCCGACGUCACCGUCAAAGGGGUUCUUCCAGGAGAGAGGAGACCGGCGUGCGUGAAGAAGGGGAGAGGUCCGAGGCUGAGAUGGUUCCCGUCACUUCCGUCUGCCUCUGUCACUACCGACCUGCUGCUCCGCGGUGCUUGGCUGGCGCUUCUAAUACUGUCACCGGAGUUCUGAGGCCACCGGAACCACUGCCGGAGCUUCUGGCUACUUUUGUCGUCGCCGGAAAAUCCUGUCGUCGUCGUGAUUGGAAUUCGUCACCGCUGCCGCUUGAGGUGGCUGCCGGGCUACCGCCGAGCCAGUUUGGAGAUUGCCGCUGUGUCGGUUCAGCCGUUCCUCCUUCGGUUCGUUGUUGAAUGUUGUGAUUAGAGUUGUUGAGAUUGUGGAGGAAGCAAGUGGAGCCGAGUUGUUGGUUGCCGUCAUUUCGGAUUGAGGCGGAAAGGACUCCGUGAGACGUUUGGGUUAUAGAUUUGCGUUUUGAGGUAGGGGCGCUUUCCGAAAACUAUAUUUUAUAUUGGAAUUAUUACAUAUGGAUACUGAUGUGAGAAAAUGUGUAUUUGGUGAUUGUAUCGGGCUUAUGUAUUAUUUGAUUGUCUCAAAAGAUUAUGAAUAUUUGUUUGGCUGAAUUUGUUGUGCGACUUUGUGAAAUAGAAUGUUUGAAGUUGAUUCUUUAAAGAUUUGAAAUUUGAGUUAAUCCAUUGGGGAUUGAUUUAAGCUGAGUUGACUCUCUUGAUAAUGUGAAAGAUAGAAUACUCUUUGAAAUUCAGCCGUUUUGCUUUAAUUGAUUUGGUUUUGAUAAAUGAUUUGUUACCGAAUCGUUUUUUUAAAGCUUUGGAAAUGAGUUAAAUAUGUUGAUAUUGAUUUGAUUUUGAAAUGGUUUCAUUGAGAUAUGAAAAUGAGAUGAUUGUUGGAUUUAGCUUGCUUUUGAAUUGAUUUUUGGUUUUGAGCUGUUGAAAAGGAUUGUGGAACGGUUUAGAGGGGACCCGAACCGGGUGGUAAAGUCCAAGUUUUAGGAGAGAUGUUGUCGAAAUUUCUAUAAAAUCCGAGUCUUUAUUUGAAAUGUUAUAUGGGAAAAUUAUGAGUUUAAUGUCUUUCCUAUUUACCUGGAGGAUUGUGAAUUCAGGGCUUCUUUUAUUAUUUUUACUUAGAACAUUAUGAAAGCGAUGAAGCUACGCUUUGAAAGAAUUAUUGAAAAGAGAAUUAUGAUUCUCCUUAUUUUCCAAGAUAAAAAUAGUAUGUCUUUGGGUGCAAGUCAUUCGAAAGAGAAUUUUGCUUGAGGCUAUUUUAAAAGGUAAAAUGGGUUUAUGUUUUUCUCUAUUAAACAUAAAGAUUGCCCCUUAGAAGAGUUUUCGUGAUUUUAAAAGAAUUUGGAUUUCGAUUGGUGAACCUUAUUAUUCUGACGUUUUAACUAAGCUUCAGAGUAUCUUUUGAACUCUAGUUUAACACAACAAAAAUGAUUCUCUUAGUAGUUUGAAAUGCUUCAGAUUUAAUCGUGGAAUAGAAGCCGGUUUUAUUUAAGUAAAGGAAAUGGCUUUGAAAGGAGUAAUUGAUUACAUGACUCGGUUUGGCUUAGAUCUUAUUUUGUUUCUCAAAUCAAAAAGCCAAAGAUUUAAUGAUUUUAAAUGAAUUUGACAAAAUGGGUUAUGUUACUCUCCCCUAAAGACUUGGGACUCUACCGAAGAAUUUUUGUUAUAAAAUCCCGUUAUUGGAUGGAUGAUUUUGAAUGUUUUAAAAUAAAUCCUUAACUUGCCAUGGUUUUAGAAGUUUUGGAAAGAGGAUGCCGAGAGUGACUUUAUUUUAAAAAGGGGAACUCACUUUGAGUAAAUUUGGCUUAUGAGCCUGAGAUGAUUUGAGAAAUGAGAUCUUUAAAGCCAAAGCUGAAAAGAGUUGAAAUUUGAUUUCAAAGUGAAAUGAGUUAAGAAGAAGUGAUUUAUGGCUUAAAUGCCGAUUUGAUGAAUUUGAUGAUGUUGACUAGUGCAAGUGCUAUUUUGUUAUGAGCCGGAAUGGCUGUGUAUGAUAUUGAUUUAUGGCUGAUUGCCAAAUGAGUUAUGAGCCGUAUGACUGACUAUGAAUUAUGAAUUUAAGCCGGAUGGUUGAGAUGGAUAUUGAUCCAUGGCUAAGAAGGAAUGCAUGUAUGCUACUGAAUGAAUUGUGAAUUUAAGCCGGAUGGCUGAGAUGAAUGUUGUAUGUGAGUAUGUUUGUGUUUUCUCUCUGGUUGUAAGGGUGACAGGGCACCGAUACUCUCUAAUGGCGACAGGGUGCAGAUACCCUCUAAUGGUGACAGAGCGCAUAUACCCUCUAAUGGUGACAGGGCACAUAUUUCCUCUAAUGAUAUUAACGCGCAACAGAGAGACUGUGCCCGGGUUAGCUACCGGACACGUCGAGUUGGCUUGAUAACCGACAGAUGAUAUUAUCAGCCACUAGAAACAGGAAUGCAUCAUAUGCAUCUAUGUGACAUUGUUUGGGUAUGCAUAUUGUACUUGGUUUGCCUAUGUGAUUAACUGCUAAUUGUUCUACUUGCUGUAACUGUUUGUUUGUGUUUGAACCUUCCUACUUGUGUUUGCGACUGAAACUCUGUUGGAUUGUUUGGACCUAGGGCCGUCGUUGAAAUGAGAUGGACCGAUGGUUAGUUUCGGUUGUGUUUCUGGUUUGGAGAAAUAUGAAAGGCUAUUUUGGUUCAGCAUAGAUAAAUCUUUUUGAAAAGCUUUUGAGUUUUAAGAACUGAACAGUUCCUCUUUUAGAAAAGAUUUCCAACUUUACUUUUAUUGUAAACCGUUGUUUUUGAAAAGAGGCAUAAGACGGUUAUUAAUCACUGGUACGGUUUAUCUUCAUGUAUCCUAUUACAGUAAUUCCCAAAACUCCUCUACUGAGAACCCUUUAGAGGAUGAUGUUCUC